UUAUAGAUAAAAGAUAGUACUUGGUUAUGGAAUAUAGACAGAACUGCUGAAGACGAAUUCACGCAGUUGCUUGCAAUAAUAUUGUAUACAAAUCUGUAACUAUUAACUAGCAAUAGUAUCUAGUCCUGUGUUGUUUGUGGAUUCACGUUGGACGUUUAAAUAGCCACUUUAAAUUAUGACGACGAUUUUCGCAGCUCGACAAUUUUCUACGUCGACCGUUAGCAAUCACAUAAUGAAACUGACUCGUCUGCGUGUGGUCGACAAUAGCACAAUUGGCAAGCAAGCAAUGGCUGAAGGUAAACCCCCUCGUUGCAUACACGUUUACAAUAAGAAAGGUAUCGGCACGAUCGGUGACAAAAUAAUGGUUGCCAUCAAAGGUGAAAAAGUAAAAGCUAUUAUUGUUGGCUGUGUCAAGGAACAAAAGCCCAAUAUUCCAAGGUUUGACAGCAACAAUAUAGUGUUGAUUGAUGAUAACGGCACACCACUUGGAACACGUAUAAAUGUUCCAAUUCCAAUCGUUCUUAGGACUAUAUUAAAAGAAAAAACCUUCUCAAAAGGAACUGAUUAUACUAAAUUGUUAGCUAUUGCUACAAAUUAUGUAUAAACAGUAAUGGUAGGUAUAUAUAAUAUAUAUAAAUUUAGUUGUAUAUUUUUUCAUUGUUAUUUGUGUACUGUAAGAAUAAAAAUAUAUUAGAAACUAUUUAUUUUUUAUAAACAUUUUCUAGUAUGUGUCAGGUAGUAAAAAUAUCAAUGAACACCCAAUGUAAUAAAAGUAAUUGUUAAUUAUGUGCAUGCAUUAUUUUAGAGAAAAAAAAUAUUUUCAAUGUGGGUCUGAGCCCGGGAUUACCUAAAUUCUUAAUAUAUAUAGGUACCGUUUACAGUUUAAUAAAUUGUCAAACAACAAUAAUAAAAUUGAUUUAUUUAUGAA